UAGACUAUGGUUGUACGUGGAAACGCCAGUACUUGCCCCUCAAGGCCUCUGCUAGACAGCACUUCAAAUGAAUUCCUCCUCAACACCUUCAAGGCUUUUAAACCGCACAACCUUGCCCAUACUGAUCUCUGCUACCUCCGCCCCAAAUCAACCACCUGGCCCAAACCACUAGGACCUCUAAGAAAGCUGAGUCUCUCUCAGGCCUCACCACAUAAUGACAGACCUGCUGUAUAUUAAAGGACCCUGCCCAUGCGUCCUGUCCCGGUCACCUCCCUCUUCUUUGCCCUUUAUAAGCCUCUCCCGCACUGCAGGGGGGGCACUACUUUCCAAAGAGGGGACUGUGCACAAGCUUCUGGAAGACUCGCCAGUUUGCAUACCCACCUAUUUACCCACAGCCGGGGGUCUUCUGACUAACCAUGGACAACCAUUCAUACAACUUCCCCUCAGACUGCACCCCACUCACCAAUUGCAAGUCCGCCCGUAAGCCGGCUGGAUCCACCGUGGUGAAUAUGGGCAGCGCUGGCAAGAAUCCUCCCCGGGACUAUUUGGUCUGGUCGCUGUGCAACACCUUGUACGUUAACUUCUGCUGCCUGGGAUUCAUGGCUCUCGUCUACUCCAUCAAGGCAAGGGACCAAAAGACUCAGGGCAACCUGCAGCUGGCACAGGAGUGUUCAGACAAGGCAAAGUGGUACAACAUCCUGGCAGCCGGCUGGAACCUGCUGAUUCCACUUCUGGCCAUUGUCCUGCUCGUCCUGCUGCUUGUCCACCUGGGCACGUCCCAGGAGGGCUCCUACGACUUCUUCGGAGAGAAUGGAUUCCAAAACUUCAUGAAACUGUUCAGCUGGUAGAUGGAGGCAAAGGAAGAGAAAUAAAAAAACAGAACAAAAAUACAGAUCAGUCUCAAAGUCAACCCAUUCACACUUACUGGGAGAGGGCUGAUAUAAUAGCUAAGAAUUUUAGCCAGUCUAACUGAACGAUAAAGGAAAUCUACUUGAAAUUAGGACCUGUGCUAGACUAAAGUCUGCUCAGUACUAAAAUAAUCCUAACUGGUGAGACAACCAAAAUCGCCAGAGUAAAUUAUACCAUUGUACAUUUCUGCAAACCACAAAUGUGUUACUUUUAUAAAUUAUUAUAUCGCUGAUACUUUAAAACUUUACAUUUCUUUACAUUUGAACAACGCUGUGGUUAACAGGUGAUUAUGUUUGGGCAGAAGACAUACUUGGUUAUGGUUCGUAGAAGAUCAAGUCUUAAAAUACCCAGUUUUGGUAGGAAACUGCUUUUCUUCAUACUAUCUCAUGUGGAAAGACAGUAAUGAUUUGCUUAAAAAACCAAUCAUGUUUGGUAGCUAAAAAGUAGCUGGAACACAGUAUGAUUUGCUAAAAAAACAAUCGCGUUUCAUGGCAACAUCCUGACAGAAAACAUGGUGAUGUCCUGGUAAAACAUCUGCUUUUCUUGGCACUAUUCCCAGUGUAAGCAUAGUGACACAUUACAAAAAAGAAGAAGGGAUGGUGGUAAAAAAGCUGCUGGAAACACGUGUUGCUAAAAAAAACCAUACAAAAAAACUCCACAGCCCCAUUUUGUGGUUAAAACAGUGCUAGAAACACAGCUAUACUUUGUUUAAAAGAUUUAAAAUAAGAAAUAAGAUUUUUUUUUGUUUGUUGGUCUGCAGCUUGGAAGGUUUCUUCCCUAUGUGACAUGCCUUUCAACUGCAGCUCAUAUAUUACGCCUUUUUAGGAACUCUGACAUGAUCAGAUAAAACGUACAAAUGUAACAUUUCUGUGGUUUGCAGACAAUGCCAACAUUUUCUUCUGGUGACUUGGCUGAAUGAGAAGCCUUGAUUUGCAUAUUACAAGAAUGUCCUAUUUGGGAUGCUUCAAUACUAAUGCUGGUGUAAGAAAUUAGGCUAAUAAAAUAUUAAAACAGGACAUUCAACCACUAAGUAAGAGUUAUGUUAUAGAUAAGAGUAACAAAUAUAGAUAAAACAUAGUGGGCUACUUUUGGACCAGUGACCUAAAACUAAUGAUAUAAGUUUAUGUUCAGUAAAAGCAACACAAUGGUUUGACCAACUUUGGUGAGUGCUAUAGGAUAUACAUAUUGGUGCACAACUAACUCUAAUAUCAAUAUAAAAGGGAGUUCAGCUUACAUCUGCCAGUCUCCCAGACACGGUCAGUAGAAAUGUGAAGUUGAUUAAAGACUGAACAGCCUGAAAUGAAAAAGAGUGAAACAAACAGAGUUAAGAAAAGCUGAGAGUUUGAGCAAGCAGCUUCCCUGGGUCAUUUUCAUUAUUAUUUAUUGUAUUUAUGUAGAAUGGAAGUUUUAUGACAGCUGAAAUUAUUUCUAGUAAGGGUAGAAAGAGCAGAGAAAAUAGGACUGUGGAGCCAAAGUCUGAAUGAUAAAAUGAUGAGGAGCCACCUGACAAAAGGACAACAUUCACCUCCAAUUGAUAGUUACCUAUUUUUCUUCUUUUAGCAUUUUUUUUAAACUUUCUUUUUUACAACCUACAUCUGUUUUUGGUCAUUAUUCAUGUAUUUUUUUAUCAGUAUUUUGUUGUGUUGAGAAUUCUAAUUUCACAUCAUCAUAUUACUGACCUCUUGUGAGUGAGCUAAAUAAACCAGAUACUGUUUACUCAGUAUUGCAUUGAAACACA